GCUCGUCCGACUUACUGCUGUCACCCGGGCAAAAUAUGACGGACGUGUCACCUCGGAGCAUGAUGAUGUAAGGUUCUACAAGAACCUAUAUAUGCGCUUCUCACACAGUCUUGUUACUAUGCAGCUCAACCUUGACCGUUAAUCUCGAAUAACGCAUCAUGUCACAUCCCUCAACAUACUCCGCCUGGCAUCGCAGCGGCCUCAGAGGAACGAAGGAGCAGCCCCUAACCAUCUUCCGCACUUACGACGAAGCCCUCCCUUCAACACUCAACCCCAACGAUGUCCUCAUCAAGAUCCACGCCAUUUCGCUUAAUUAUCGCGAGAUUGCAAUGCUGAUCGGCACGUAUCCUAUGGAUAUACAAGAUAAAGGCAUUCCGUGUUCGGACGCCGCAGCCGAAGUCGUUGCAACUGGAUCUUCUGUCUCCCGAUUUGCUGUCGGAGAUCGCGUUUGCCCGAAUCCUAGUAUUGGAAAGACGUACGAGGGAGGAUCAGACGGGAUGAGCGUCGGUGUUGGUACGAAUGGUCCGGGUGUGCUGAGGGAGUAUGCGGUCUUUGAUGAACAGCACCUGGUCAAAGUGCCUGACCACUUGUCCUGGGAAGAGGCAUCAACCCUUCCUUGUGCGGGUGUUACUGCGUGGAACGCACUUAAUGGACUCAAGAACGUUCCGGAAGGAGCGUACGCCCUGCUUCAAGGUACUGGCGGUGUCAGUAUGUUUGCACUAAUUUUGUGUAUAUCCGCUGGCAUCCGGCCGAUCAUCACGUCUUCAUCCGAUGAGAAGAUUGCUGCGAUCAAGAAGCUCAGUCCGCUCAUCCAAGGUCUGAACUACAAGACCGUGACGGAUCAAGGCGCCGAAAUUCAGCGUCUGACUAAUAAGCGCGGAGUACACUUUGUCGUCAACAACACCGGCCCCAAGUCACUCAUGGACGAUAUCAGCUUCUUGUGCGAGCGAGGUGGAACAGUCUCGAUGGUUGGGUUCCUGGAGGGAUUCGAUGCAGAUUGGGCGCCCGGGCAGAUCAUGAGCCUGAUGCACAAGUCCGCGAAAUUGCAGGGCAUCGCCAUGGGUACCAGAGACGACUUUGAGGAGAUGAACCGCCAUUUGGAGGAGAAGAAGGUUCACUUGGCCCCAUUACUUACAGAUGAGCCUUUUACUUUUGCGAACGCAGAAAAGGCUUACGAGCGACUGGAAUCGGGAAAUUUUCACGGGAAGAUUGUGAUCAAGACAGAGUAGCAAAGUGGUAUUAAUGCAAACGCGCAUGUCCCAACACAGGUGGCUUGGAAAUUAAAUUUGCUUAUAGUCUACUAAACUGCAGCCGCCAAAAUGACAUCCGCAGCUUUCUCCGAAAUCAUGUAAAUAGGAAGAGCAAGGUAUGUGCCCGGGAUCUUUGGAAAGGAAGAAGCAUCAACGACUCGGAGACCUUCAAUGCCACGAACCUUAAAGUUACCGUCGAGUACGGCGUUCACGUCAUCGUCUGCACCAAUUGGACAAGUGCAAG